UUUACCAAGAGAAGCGACUUGGCAUCCAGAUCCGCACUUGGUCUACAUCGUUGCGCUCUCCCUCUCCCCAGUCCUCGAGCCGGCUCCUCCAUUUGCCUGCCGUUCGUUCAAAUCUUCGCCUGUCUCCCGAGAUCCGAUCGAACUCCAUUUCAACCUGCCGCUGCUUCCGCCGCCUCGCCUCCAUCUGCAUCCUUCAAGCGUUUGCCGGAGCUUCCGCCUUCUGGUGCGCCUCUCCCUUUCUCCUCCUUGGCUAUUGCCCGGAUUCGGCCUGAUUCCUAUAUGCCUAAGCAGUAAUGAUGUUCGUUGUGAAUGAACUGAACUAGUUGCAUUGAUGUUUGAACUUCCUUUACCUUCUGGUACUAGUCCUCAUCUACGUCGUGCUGGUAGCCGACCUACUUUUGCAGAUCAAGAGGUAGAUGAGAUGAAGGGUCCAAGCAUAGCAGUCUCCAGUGUUGUUACGAUGCCAUCACCAAUUUUUUUGUGGAGAUUCAAGGUUGUAUUGUUUCUAUUGUGGGGCAUCACAUGUUGCAAGAUAGGCUGGGACUCUGUGAUGCGAAUGAACGCAGAUAAAAGGGAUUUAUUUCUUUAUGAGACUUUUUUAUAUUUUAAUCCUCUUCUUCUUGUGACUUUGAUGGUUUGGCUAUGGGGGGUGAAUCUAUGGGUUUUUUCUCAGUCAUCUGUUAACUACUCAAAAGUAUUUGAUCUUGACCACACCCAUCUAACACAUCGGGAGAUAUGGAAGUGUGCAACCUGGAUGACCAUUAUUGUUCCUACAAGUAUGUCAGCUUAUCUUUAUCUGUACUCACAUGGGGAAGUAUCGUUGGCUGCAUCACAACCAGUUUUUCUGUAUGCAGUCAUUCUAAUGGUUCUCAUAUUCCCUUUUGAAAUUUUUUACUUGCCAACACGCUACUACUUGUUGAGGACUGUAUGGCGUAUCAUAUUACCAUUACAGGCAAUCACAUUUUCUGAUUUCUUUGUGGCUGAUAUCAUGACAUCAAUGUCAAAGGUAUUCUCUGAUUUGGAGCGCUCAGUUUGUAGGAUGGUGAAUAGGCAGGUUGCAACAAUUGCAUGGUUUGAAGCAGAUUCUGUAUGCGGAAGCCACUCUGUUGCAAUUCCUAUAGUGUUAGUCUUUCCCUAUAUGUGCCGUUUUUUCCAAUGCUUGCGUCAAUAUAAGGAUACUAAAGAAAGGACAUGCCUUUUUAAUGCAUUAAAAUACGCAACUGCCGUCCCUGUGAUUUUUCUUUCUGCUCUGAAGUAUCAUGUCUUCCCUGAAAGUUGGACUGAUUUUUACCGGCCACUUUGGCUAAUUUCUAGUGUCAUUAACUCGUUAUACUCAUUUUACUGGGAUGUGACUCGGGAUUGGGACUUGAGUGUAUUUACUCGAAUUUUCAAGUUUAAAAAUCCACAUAUUUGCACGAAUCUUCUUUAUGGGCGAAUAUGGGUAUAUUAUUGGGUGAUGGGAAGCAACCUAGUUCUUCGAUGCACAUGGACCUACAAACUAUCAGCUCAUCUUCGACACAAUUAUUUGACAGUUUUUACAAUUACUGCUUUGGAAAUAAUGCGGCGUUUCCAGUGGAUUUUCUUUCGAGUGGAAAAUGAAUGGAAUAAAAUGACAGGCAAGGCAAGCUUGGAACUUUCGGCAAUGGACAAACCAAUAGAGGAAGAACGACUACUUGGUUCUGCCAGCCAUAAUGUAUAGUAGAAGGAUUGUGGUUCAGUAACCGACUAGUUGUAUACGGCCUGAUGAAAUUUCCAGCCAUUGUGUUUCUUCAUUUGGCAAGCCAUUUUCCUGUCACAAUUAUUCCACGAGAAGCCAGAGGGUUACAUGAAAAGCAAUGAACACCAAAGGUCUCCGAUUAAUAUACAUAACUUUUACGACAUUCUUUCAACACAUCACAAAUAUGUAUCUAGCAUUGUUUUCUUUCCUUAUUGUUCUAGGUCACGCUGUUGCAAUCCUUGCUCAUUGUAGCUGCAGGACUGGAAACCAGUAGAACUCUAGCUUGCUUAUCUUGAGCUUUUCAAAUUAUUAUCGGGCUUCAGCCCAAGCUCGAUGUGAUAAAAAUAGAAUCAGUUCAUUUUGAAAGUUUA